AUGGAAACUGACGAGAAGGUUACAUUUUUUUAAAAAGAUUUUUUUGAGUUCCAAAAAAAUCUUUAAGGCAUUCAAGGAUAACAAUUUAUAAAAGCAAAAAUUGAGAGAAAAAAAUAUAUAUAUAAACACUUGAAAUCUGUCGAAUUCAUUGUUUGCGUAAGAAAAAGGGUUGGAAAAAGACGUUUUGGAAAGGAUUCGAUAACCGAACUCACCUUAUCAGUUGGUGCAUUCCAGAGCGUUUGCCAGCAUGUCAAAAAACUCCCUCUUUCUCACAAUCGCUUUCUCAAGAAACCUUUUCAGGUGCAACACUUUCUGCAGCUUUUAUACAACGAGUUCGGCGAAGACGUCAGGUUGCUUACUUUCUAAGCCUUCUCUUGAUUGUUUUUGUUCAUUAAUGAGAAGUUAGAUCAAAAUUUCUGCAAGGAUUGCCUGAAAACUGUUCGCGCGGGUGGCAUGGCCAAAAGCAGGAGAUUCGAAAGAUCCAAAAAGAAGACCUAAAAGAGGUUUUCGCGGGAGAGCCCUCGUCUCACAUUUUCCGCUCAAGAUCUGCGCGAAGAGGCUACACUGAAAAGUGCUCGAGAAUUUGUUUUCCAAACUGAAAAACCCAGCCUUUUUGUGCAUUUAAUGCAAACAGUCCACUGGCUCAUUUUCUUUAAAAUUUGUUUCUAUCACUUUUCUUUUCGUUUUUCUUUUUCAGUCAGCAUUAAAUCAGUCACCUUAGCCAUUCUACGCCGUUCUCUCUUCUACUUGAGUUAUUUUUAUUCACAAGUUUUGGAAUAAAUGAGAAGCAUGAGUUGGAAAAUAUUAAUAAUUCUCCUAUAACGGGAUCAUAUUGGACUCAUAUUGAGAGAAAAAGUAGCCCGUUGAUGAAGGAGAUUUCGAUUAUUUUAUAGCAAUUUGUUUUCAAGGGUAAUCGGCGGCUAUAUUUUUCCAAUUUAUAGUUUUUAAAGCGAAUUUUAUAUAAAAAAUAAAGAAGAUCGAUCAUUUUUGAAUGAUCACAGUUCGAUUCGCUUUCAAUUACUAACAGAAAAAUAACUUGUAAAAGCUGUGCUAUUUUGAUUUUUCCAGUUCGAUAGGCGUCAACAUGCUGCGUGGGCCGGGACAGGUUCAAAAAAAUUUUUGAAAAAUUUUUUAAAUAAUAUUCAGAAAGCAUCGGAUCCUUUUCAAUUCGUCGCCGGACGAGGCGGAGACCUUCUCGCCGAAGAUGCCAAAAACGUCAUUUCGAUAGCACAUCAGCAGAAAAGCCAGCGCGAGAAGAUCCUCGAAGUCAACCGUGCCGUGAGUCUGUUAUAUAUAGGGGAAAAAAUUUCGUUUUUCCUUGUGUUUUUGGAAAGAAGAACAGCUGUAAUGUUGUUGAAAUUUGAAAUUUUUUCGCGUUUGAAAACUUAUUUUGAUUCGAAUCAGAAGGAAGUGAUUUUCAGUUAUAUAGGCGCAGACUUGUUCUGCGCCAUUUGGGUUUAGGAUGAGUUGGAAAUAAAAAAAUUAGCGUUAUGGUAGAAGUUUCUCUAAAUCAAACAUGUUGUAGAACACGAUUUUUUUAGGAUUUUUUUCGACGGAAUAUCAUCCCUCGAGCCGUUUUCGAUUGUUGAUUACUUUUUCUCAAUAUUGUACAUUAAGCAGAUAUUCAUUCCUUUAUUAUCGAUAUUAUCGAAUUAUCGUGUUCGGAUACUUUGCUAUAUUUUCCAAGAAUUUUCUGUUCUCUUGCAGCAAGCAUCAAAGUCAGGAGAACAGGAGUCUUGGCAAGAUGAUUUGGACACCUGGAGGAAAAAGCGCAAGGACCGUCUGUCUUCGGAAAAAAGUCUCGGCAGCGAACCGACGACGCCAACGACCCGCCAGACGUGUCUCGCGGAGCCUUUCCUUCACAGAAAGGCAAGAUUAUUUUUCUUAGUUCGAAGUUGGUCAAUGAGAUUUUGACUUUCUUAUUUGGUAAGUGAUAUUUUUCUCAAUCGUAUUUGGUCUUUUCAACUUUUCAUUUUUGACAAGAGAACUUUUCCAAGAAAACUGCUUGUUUUAAACCCCCUAUAAACCCCCCACUAACAUUUAAAAUUUUAUUUUUUUCAGUUAUUUUUUUCAUAUCUAGAAAAAAAAAACCCAUAGUGCAUUAAAAUCGGAGGAGAACAUUUUUAAAAAAAAUUGAACGCGUUGUUACCAGGGUUGCACGGAAGUGAAAUUUUUUUCAAACGGAAAGCAGAAGACGUAAAACGAAAUUCAAAUAUUUUGCGGAAAGGCAGGCGGAAAGAAAAAAAAAAUUGCGGAGUCGGAAUACGGAACGCGGAACAAGAAAAACAAUUUUUUUCAGUAGAAAGAUUUUUUUACUUUAAUUUCGUUUAAAAUUUCAAAAAUUUGCCUAACCAGAAUUUUGACUUUUUAUAAGGAGAUCGUUUUCUUAAUUUUUCACGGAAAGCGUAAUUCAGUCUGAACGGGGAAAAACGAGGCGGAAUUCCGUGCAACCCUUUGUAGUUACGGGCUUUGAAUCGUUUCAAAAAAAUCAUUCAAAAAAAUACAUUCAGGAAAAAUCCAAAAAAAUUACUAAUUUUGCCUAUAUCAAUUAGGCUAUAUAUCUGACGAAGAAAAAACACCUCUCAAGAACCAAGUCAAAGUAUACCAAGCUUGUAUAGAACCUGCGCUCUUAUACGGAUCAGAGGUCUGGACCCUCAAGAAAACAGAGAUGAACAUGUUAGCGACAGCGCAGAGGAAGAUGAUGAGAAGAAUGCUUGGUAUGACUCUAAUGGAUAGAAGACGAACAGUUGGCUCCACGAAAGAUUGAAGAUGCGUGAUGCUCGAAAAAUUUGAUCGAAACAUGCCUUAAAAAAGCUGCUCUUGAUCAUGUGAGAAGCACGAAAAAAACCGCUUAAAAAUAUUAAAUAACAUAUAAUCUAGUUUCUACAUUUUAAUUGAAAUUUGCCGAUUGCUUUUUUCCAAGUUUUUUUUUCAGACAACCAUUCAUUCCAAACUUACCGAGUUCUUUGUCCGUAUGUGUUUAACUCGGUCAAUUCCCAUAAUACCAUCCUUAACUUGGAUUAUUUUUAGUUAUCAUUAUCUAAACAGCGAGCUUCUGUAGCAAAAACACGAGUUGGCAGCGGAACAAGGCGUUUAUGCAAAAAGUUGGCUGUAAACUGGAGUUUGCUCCUCGGCGCGUGUUGACAUAACCUGCGAUUCCAGUCCUUACCUCCAACUGCUUGUGCCGCGAACAUUCCGAGAGUUGGGCUUCAUGGCGGCCAUUGACGCUCCGUUGUCAGUCAUUCCUGUCGAGUUCUGUCCGAACCGCCACUGUCCUUUUUCUCCCAAGUCUCUUUCUGUCCUGCGCAUCCGCAUAUCCCCGCAGGUGACUCAGCUAUACAUAUAAAAAAUUUUCUUGAAAAAAGUUUUCAAUCUUUUCAGAUUUUCUCAUAAAACUAAAAUUGCAAAGCGGCUCAAUGAAAACAACCAAAUUUUUUGAUUACUUUGUUUUGAAUUUCUUGAUGAGCUUUUUGACAGCCUAAUCUAAAUAAUCUGAAUUUCUUAUCCUUGAAGUUUUUUUUGCUAUGACUUUGCAUUUCUCGUUAUGUCUACUACAAACGACAUGUCAAAAUCCGUUUAUCGCUUUCAAAUCCUACCGCGUCAACUCUCAUUGUUGGAAAACUGCGUCGCCCGAUGGUUCCGGUUUUUGGCGCAGCCCUUCUAUGAACCGCCGGCUCGCAUAAAAAACAUACCAACUCGUGUAAUCGCAACGGAAUCUAGCCCUAUUCUCGUCUGCAUUCGCUCAUUGACUCGUGGACGCCUUCGGAACUGCGCUUCGGAUGAACGAAGACGACUGGCAACGCUGGCGGCGACUAUUCGGCACUUCGCCACCAUCGACGCGCAGCUUCUUCCAGCUCGAGUACACUGGAGAUCGUCAGUCGGUGGCCGGCCUUCGCGCCGCUUCUCUAGCUUAUUUCGGCCUCGACUCGUCUGACAGUGAUAGACCGAGACAAAGAGACAAAAGAGUCACAUGGAGCAAGUCCGUUGUAUGUUCUGUUUUCUUUAGAACGAAUUUAAUCGAAUCAUUUUUUCGCUUUUUUUAUAUUCUCUUCUUUUAAUGUUUCAAAAAUCUCCUAUAACGUUAUAAGACGCAUUUCUCGAUUUUUUCGAUUAACAUUUUUCUUUUCUUUGCUUUAAAAAAAUAGCGCUCAUUUAAGCUUUUUCUUCUUCACUGUUUCUCAUGUUUCUGCUUAGAUUGUAGGAAGAACUUUUCUUGAUGUUUUCCUGUGUUCAAAUCAGAAUCGCUUCCAAAAAUUCCACAACGUUGUUUUUUUUGUCUAGUUUUUUUCUUCCACACGCGGACGAUACAGGAAUAACAAUGGAUAAGAGAAGAAGAAAGAUUCUGGGCGAAAACGACGACAAUCGUUGUAGCUCGUGGCAAAAAAAAAGAAAAGCGCGCCUGAGUCAUCAGAAUUUCAAUUCGCCCAUUUUUUUUUCCACCGCAUCAAAAUAUUGGCGUGCCCCAUUUCUUCUUUUGCGCUGCCAUCACCUGUACAUUUACGAAGGGAAUGUCGUUUCGGCAAAGGAACGUUCAUUUUCGCAAGGUUCACCGUAGAGCUAAACUUUGGCGGUAUUUUUUCUGUGAAACGAAGAAAAUUUCAGGAAAGAGACGAGAUCCUGACUAUUUCGAAUGAAACGGACCACAAUGACAGCGGGAUCGAGAAUCGCACGACAGAAUCUCCCUCGACUUCCAUCGACUUUUCUCCUCGAAGUGAGUUGUUUUCGGAAUACUCCACGAAUUCACUGUUGGUUGUAUUGAAGGCGCCGAUUUGAUCUCUCCGAAAAGCGGCGAUAUUCCUCAUUCCCCAUCCUACGGAGAACGACCUGCUAAACUCGAUCAGGUUUCUCCUAAAUCCAAUUUCAAUUCUCGAAUGACUUUCAAAAGCUUUACAUGUCAAGAUCUGCAACAGAUAGUUGGAAUAUUAUCUGCCUCUUUUCCAGGUUGUGAUACCAUUGUCCUAUUCUCAGAAGAGUCUCCUAAAGAACGGACCAGAGAAAGAUUAUUCUACCGCCCGAAACGACACGGAACCUAACUUCUACGAGGUUGAAAUUUUAGUUCUAUUUUUUCUUGAUAGGCUUCUUUAUAGGAAAAUAAGCGAAUUAUUGAGACUCGGCCCUACAUGCCGGUAAUUUCUACCAAAGUCGAAGCUACCUUUCCACAGCCGAUUCCGCGCGACCGUGUCAAGGUUUUUAUUUGAACUUUCAAAUAAAUAGCGCACAACUGGCGAUUUUUAUAAAGAGUGGCUAAACGUGAAGUUAAAAAAAAAACAAGAGUUAUAGUCUGUGUACCACGACUUGAAUUUCACCGAACGACAUUCCGCUGUUCCGCCGGGCGCCUUUGCGAAUCUCGGUCGCGCUCUCCAUUUUUUUUCAUGUUAAUACUCGCAGUGGAACAAUCAACUAUCAGCAAUAAAAACAGUCUGGAAGGGUGACCUAGAUCCGCAUAGGCAAAGUCGCUUCGCGACCGUACGCAGCCUAACGUCGUUCGGUUAAAUUUCAAGUCGUGGCACACAGACUAUACUCAACCUUUAAAAAAAAAUAGAAAAAAAAACGACUCAUAACUUCCAAAAACAGUUCAAAUAAUUUUCCACUCGUGUACGUCGUUGGUUGACAAGUCCAAGUGCUAUUUUUAAUUAUUUUUUUCCUAUCCAUUUUCCGUUUUUCUUUCGGACGUAUUGAUUUGAUGUAAUAUGAAGAAAGAGACUCGACCAUACGUCGGUUAGAUCUCACCCCGGGGUGCAGUCAAACGUCUCAUUCGAGGAUCCUCUCGAGUCUCUUUUCGAUCUCUGUACUUUCGGUCCAACUCUCCUUUGCAGCCUUUCGUGUCUCAAGCUGCCGCGAACCUCCGCGACAGCGAAAAGUCAGAGCACAUCGACAUGACAGUCGAACUCAACCGCGAACAAAAAGCCACAGUCACCGCGUCCAAGUUCCCGCGUCCUGAGCACUCUUCUUCUGUUGAGCGGGUUUGAUCCAAAAUCGAUAAAAUAUUUUUGGAGUUUCCAGCCUUUGCACUCCAAUCACUCGCUGAGUACUCCCAACGUGAACGGAAUGACUUCGAGCUCGACGGCAAGCUUGUCAGAGAGCCCCACGAGGAAUCUUCGCGCAAGUAGCUCCGGAAGGAUCUACCGCGCUGUCGACAUCCCUUUCGACGAGUCUCCGGCCUCUUAUUUUCCUAACAAAGUUGGACAAAGUGACUCCCGCCUUUGGAAAAAAACAUUUUCAGAACUCGGAUGAAGGAAUGUUCACUCUGGCGAUAGAGAUGGGGUCGCAGCCGGUACACAAGGGAAUCGGAAUGACAGCGGGUCGAAAAGAAGGCCGGGCCAUCGUUGAGAGCGUUAUCGUUGGAUCUCCGGCAGAUCGAGCAGGACUCCUUGUCGGCGACGUCUUGGUGGCCAUCAACGGCGAGCCGCUCGCCGGAAAAUCGUCGUCUUUUAUAAACGAAUUGGUCCGCGAGGCAGCCAACGCUGCUCAUUCUCGCAUUCGAAUUCAGCGCGCUCGUGAGCUAAUUUGUCGUAGUUCAUAUGAGAAAGAGCCAAACAUGUUUAAACGACCGUCGUUGAGAUAUUUCUUCACAUUUAUCAAAAAGUAUGAAAAAAUUUUUUGUUUUUUUCGUUAAAAAAUUGAAAAAAAGUAGAAAUGUUUCAUCGAUUAAAAUGAGUUUCAAAAAGUAUUAUAUAUGUACUAUCAAAUCGUUUAACUGACGGAAAAGAAGCGGUCUGAAUUUGAAUUUUUUCAGCUGUGUACAGGUCGACGUCGUCGCUCUCUCUUAACAAGCAGAAUUCUCCUGCCUUUGACAAGGUCUUGAGAACUUCCAUUCCAUUAGCUUCCAUUUCUUGCAGGCUCGUUCGAACUUUGUGGAUUCGCCAACUUUUGGAUCAUACGCUGAGUUCAAACGGAAUCACUCAAGAAGUCAGUAACGACUGUCGUUCUACCCGUGAAAAUGGUCCAUUUGAGGCUCACGUGAUUCAACUUCGACGAGGUCUUCUCGCGAAUAUAACAGUCUUCCGCGAGCCUCCAGCAACCAACUCUAUGAUCGCCAACGCGACACUUCUCUUUCCAGUUGGUCUUUUCCAACAAUCUGGAAAGAUCCAUCUGUUGACAGGUUAUAGAACGGCUAGGGAGACGUUUGCCAACAACAGCAUCAAGUCCCUGACGAGCAGAAAUGGCCGCGAUCCCGACUACAGGUUUUUUUCAUUGGGUUCCACCCCUUUUUGGAUAAAACUCGAAAAUCUAAAAAUCUUCGUUUUUCGAAAUUUCAAUUUUUUCAGAGUUACUUCCUUGGAAGAACGAGGCAAUCCAGGAAAACUCACUGAUUUCGUUCCUGAAGUGGAUCGUGAACCAGAAUCUCGCGACUCACACACAUGUCAGUCUGCUUUUUAAUAUGAUUCACCUAAGGAAAUACAUUUCCGCCAUGAACAUUUCACACACUUUUCUAGUUGGUUGAAUUUGGUGGUUACCAUAUAAAGGCUCGUAAAGCUUUAUUUUUUUUCAUCAAUUAGCUGAUUCUGCUAUUGGCCGCCCUUUUUCAAGUUUCUUCUGAGCCGUUUCUUACAAUUUUUUUUAUAACGUUACUUUGAAUUAACCCGACCACCUCUAGAAAGAUGGAAAAAUUUUAAUGAAUUAACUGAGACUUGGUUAAUUUUUUUUUUCCUAUAUUUUUAUAAACAUUUUUUUUUCAGCUCGCGGCGAAUACGAAGAGCCUCGGUUGAUCAGGAACUACGACUUACCUGCAGUGAGUAAAAAAAAUGAUAUAAUUUUCUGUUAUUUCUCAAUCGCCACAACUUACAAAAAUCUGAUUUGUUCGCGUCGUCUUUUUUCUCGAUGAGUCUCUCAUGUUUCAGUGUUUUUCUCAUGUUUCUAUGACCUCGCCGGCGAGGAAAAAAGAGGCUGAGAAAAAGGAGCAAUGUUUUUGCGUGCCACUUCGACUGCUCAAAAACAAGAAUCUUGUGGAAAAGUACGGAAGUUUGCAGAAAACAGUGAGUUUGACGAAGGAGGAGAGCACCAGAGAAGCGAGCGCGACUCUGAAACGGUCGACACUUCCGCGAAACGUAUGUUGCAUGUCUAUCAAUCCAAAUAUCACUCCUGUUUUUCCCUUUUUUUUUCUUUUUUUCUGACGGCUUUCAUACAUUCUGACUCACACCGUACGGUUUAAAAGUGUUCUACGUAGGAAAAUUUUCAAACCUUUACAAGUAUUUCAUUAACGGCAUGUUGGAUUGUGUGAAACUUCGUCGACAAAAGGUUUUUUCUUCAUUUCUCUUUUCGUUUCACGCAGCUUCACUUUUUCUUUGCUUCUGGCUGAUCUUUAUUUGUUGCUUACUUAGGAUCAUUUCGAUUAACGUAAGGUCUAACAGUUGUUUUUUCCGGUUAACACAUUCAGAAAAUGUUAUUUCUAAAUAUAAUUUUUAAAAAAGAGCAAUUUUCUUUUUUUAUUAAUCAUCUUUCACCGUCUGCAAUCGAUUUUUACAUCGAAUUUUUUUUGCUUGCAAAUUUCGGAAUGAUGAGAAUGAAUAGAGGAAAAGUGACGUCUCGUUUUCUUUCAGCCCUAUUUUCACAACAUCGCUUUUUUUUUUUCUUUGCCUAUUUUAAGUUUGAGGGGCCGCGAAAGGGCGAAAACCUCUACUACGAUGAGGACAUCAGCACAGAAGACGUCAAACCUGUACGUUUCUUUUCGAAUUUGCUUGGAUUCCGGUCUUCUAUUCUUUUUUUUUGUUUUGCUGUGGCUUUUCCCGAUGGACUGAAGGCUACGAAGUACACGUGGGAUUUAUUGAUUUUUUUUCAAUUUCUUCUUCCACAAACACAGCGAGAAAAAUUCACACGCUAUCCCUAAAUGCACAGGAACUCUACAAACAUUCUUUUUUCUUCACUAUAGGCCACAUUUUUUAAAGUUUUCGUCAUUGGUUUCUGCAGUAUGCAGUUAAAAUUCGAGGUCAAAGCUACAUUGCCCUUCUUCACAUUUGCAACUGCUGAUCCUCAGGAAUUCUACUGCUACUGACAGUCUUUCUUUCCUGCUUUCACAGUUUUCGUUGAUAAACAGAGUGUUUUUGUGUGAGCGGAGUGUUCCAGCCACGAGAGUUCCGAAGCUGUUCUCCCGCGUGUCGUCGGAUCUCCAAAGAAGAGGAGGUUUUCCAGAGAAGCCGCCAAGUCGACGACUUCAUUCCAUACGGCGAAGAUCGGCUUUCAACCCGGCGCUACGGUCGGCAGUUCUUCUCAACGAGCGACCUGCGCUCUGGCACACCUAGGAUUAGCUUUGAGAAGGACGACUGCGAUCAUUACGAGGAUAUGCAUCGUCGCCGCGACUUCUACACAGUUGGCUCCUACAGAAACUUGCCGCCGCGAGCCAGAUCGACCGAUUCUCGCGUAUACUGGGAUUCCGAUGUCAGCGACGUUUCCCACCGCUUCUACGAUCGCCACGGCAACUUUGUUGGACGACGCCAGGACGGCGAAACCGAUAUUGAAAUUCGGCGAGAUUAUGCGCGCCGACAUAAUCCUAUAGAGGUUUUUGCCCAGCGGAAAAGCCCAAGUACAGCAAAGCCAAAUAUCUUAUUUUCAAUGAAUUCGUAGAAAAUGUUCCCGCUGUUUGUAUUUCAGGAGUGUGAAAAAGGUCAAUUAGUUUUGUUCCUGAUGUGUGCUUUUUAAACAAUCAAUUCAAAGGGGCUGUAUAUUUUAAACGUUGAAGCAAACAGUACUUUCAACCAUAUUUUUUUGCAACUUUUGUUUCAAAAAUUUUUAAAAACAAUCAAAAGAAAUUUUGGCAAAUAUAGACUGUUCAGAAUGUCAAGUCAUCGCUCAAACUCCGCCCCUCAUGCGUAGAUCGAAUCAAUCAGAGAGCGAACCAUCCACAGAGCGUUGUUGGGGGCGGAGUUCGCUUGACAUUCAAAAUGUGAACACACUGUAGAUUUUUCAUGUUCGUGAUUUGAACAAUCGCGUCUUUCACAAUUUCCGUUUUUUGAGAGAAAAGCUGCAGAUUCUAAUUUUCCCAUAGUACACUGGAAAAAGACUCUUGAGGUUGAUAACUUUUAGGAAACUUAGCUGAUACAUCAAGGACCGUCCCUGUCAUCUUUCAUAAAUUUUCAAGAAUUCUCUUGGCACAAUUGGCAAAAAAAUUCAAAUAUUAAAAAAAUUUGGGAGAAUUUGAAUUAGGAAGAGUUUUUUUGCUAUAGAACUUUUUAUAGGAAUCUCGAGACUGGCGAGACGUGAUCAAUCAGCAGCGGCAGCCAGCCCCUGGAAUGGCUCUCGAUCGACGUGCAAUCGAAGCAGCCAGCGCACCACUUGGGUCCUAAAAAUUUCACCUCGAUUAGAAAUAAAUCAACUUUCAGUAAUUUGCCGACGUAUAUCAGUAGACGAAUCGAAGAAUCCCGAAGAGCCGAGUCCGAAGAACGUUUGCGCCCGCAGACUGAGAAACUGCCUGCCGCCGCCACGGAAACUUACGAGCGCAACGAGUACAACCGCUAUGAGAAGGUCUGAAGCGUCGCUAGGGCGAAACGAGCUGAAACCUUUUUUAGCACGAAGACUUCCCUUCCACAAAUUUGUUGUCUUCCCAUUCUCGCGGCCUCCACUCUCACCUUGAAAAGUCGACCUACGAAAGGAAAGAAGAACACGUGGUGGCGGUCAGUGGAAAACACAAGUGUGCUCACUGCAACGAAGAACUCGGUACGAAGAAAAGUCGUUCUGUGGAUAGAAAGAAAGAAUUUACAGGCCGAGGAGCCGCGAUGAUCGUCGAGUCGCUCAAUUUAUUUUACCACCUCAACUGCUUCCGAUGCUAUGUCUGCAACACUUCUCUUGGUAUUUUUCAGUUCAUUUCAUAUCUGGGAAUGGUCUCCGGUCGCAGUGGGACCUCUCAAUGAGACCAUACUCUCUAGAUGUAGUUUUUCACGCUGAUCUCAAAUCUGGUCUCAAAAACUGCCGAGGAGCUCUGUGAAAAAAGUUAUGGACCUUCAAAAGUCGAAAAAAUCAGUGUCUCCGAUUGAGCUCAUUUUUGAAGGGUAUAUAGGUCUUGUUAUUCUGGUCACGAGAAACCAUUAAGCUUUUUUCAAAAAAAUUUCGGAGCCAAGAUAUGACCUUUCAAAGCCCCGCCGCACACAAGAGAAUGCGCGCGCAGUGUCCUAUUGCGAUCCGACGACUGCCGAAGCAGCGCAGCGAGGAGCAGUGGUAAGGCGGCGGAACGGUACUAGCGAGGUCAUAGGUUCGGUCCCCACCCUGUGCAAAACUUUUUUUGCAUUUUUUUUUUUAUUUUCUAUACUUUCGUUUAAGGGCUCAUUUUCUGAGUUUUGAGGCGUAUAGUCAUGAAAUUUUUUCGUUUUUAACCUAUUCAAACAUCUAGAAUUAUUUUCGUCAAAAAAUUUUUUCAUGAAAUUUUUCGAGAUUUUCCAUGUGUAUGAGCAUGGGCUGGAGUGUGAAAAUUUUCAGAAAAAUUUUUUUGGUUUUUCCAUUUUUUUUGUUCCUAAAGGAUUUAUAAGUUGAAACAGUCAUAGAUACGCCAAUAUUUCUCACAGAAAAAAUUUUUCCUGGCUUUUUCAGACAUCCUCGUUCACCUACGACUUCAGGAGAAAAAAAAAAUAAUAUUCGCGCGAAUCAACUUUUUUCGGCAUAAGGCGAUGAUCAUAGAUGAGUCACUGCAACUCUCGAAGAAGUUUUUGGAGGAAAAAAAAAGUUCUGUGGUUUUAAAUCGGUGUAUAAAUGAUUGAUUGGACUCACGAAACUUUGAGAAAAAAAUUUAAAAAAAAAAGAACCAAAAAAUUUUUUUGAAAAUUUUCACAUUCGAGCCCAUGCUCAUACACAUGGAAAAUCUCGAAAAAUUUGAUGCUACGCUUCAAAACUCAAAAAAGGAGUCUUUACGCGAAAAUUUCCGAGACUUCCAUCUUCCUUAUUUUUUUUUCUCCUGAAGUCGUAGGUGAACGAGGAUGUCUGAAGAAGCCAGGAAAAAAUUUUUUCUGUGAGAAAUAUUGGCGUAUCUAUGACUGUUUUAACUUAUAAAUCCUUUAGGAACAGAAAAAUGGAAAAAAACCAAAAAAAUUUUUCUGAAAAUUUUCACACUCCAGCCCAUCAUACACAUGGAAAAUCUCGAAAAAUUUGAUGCUACGCUUCAAAACUCAAAAAAGGAGUCUUUACGCGAAAAUUUCCGAGACUUCCAUCUUCCUUAUUUUUUUUUCUCCUGAAGUCGUAGGUGAACGAGGAUGUCUGAAGAAGCCAGGAAAAAAUUUUUUCUGUGAGAAAUAUUGGCGUAUCUAUGACUGUUUUAACUUAUAAAUCCUUUAGGAACAGAAAAAAAUGGAAAAACCAAAAAAAUUUUUCUGAAAAAUUUUCACACUCCAGCCCAUCAUACACAUGGAAAAUCUCGAAAAAUUUGAUGAAAAAAUUUUUUGACGAAAAUAAUUCUAGAUGUUUGAAUAGGUUAAAAACGAAGAAAUUUCAUGAUUAUACGCCUCAAAACUCAAAAAAUGAGCCCUUAAACGAAAGUAUAGAAAAAAGAAAAAAAUGCAAAAAAAAUUUUGCACAGGGUGGGGACCGAACCUAUGACCUCGCUAGUACCGUUCCGCCGCCUUACCACUGCUCCUCGCUGCGCUGCUUCGGCAGUCGUCGGAUCGCAAUAGGACACUGCGCGCGCAUUCUCUUGAGACACUGAUUUUUUCGACUUUUGAAGGUCCAUAACUUUUUUCACAGAGCUCCUCGGCAGUUUUUGAGACCAGAUUUGAGAUCAGCGUGAAAAACUACAUCUAGAGAGUAUGGUCUCAUUGAGAGGUCCCACUGCGACCGGAGACCAUUCCCUGGUAAGGAACUACUCGGACUCGGGUACGCGUUUAGAGUUGAAAAUUUGGUGGCUUAUAGACCCGGGUAAGAGUACUUGGAAACAAGAGAGAUCAUCUGCUAAAUCCUAUAGGCUUCUGAGAAAAAGCUUUUCGAAAAUGAACAUUAUAGGCUUGAAAAUUAUCAAAUUUCUGCUUUUCUCCUUGGCUGUAAAAAAGUUUUUUGAAGUUUAUCAUAGCCGGAUCAUUCAAGGCGAUUGUAAUAAAAUAUAAAAAAAGGUAAAAAGCAGUAUUCUGAAAAUUUUCAGGCCUAAUUUUCACAUUUUUUUCUAAUCUUUUCUUAGUUCUCUAUCGGGUUUAGCAGAUGUUCUCACUUGUUUUCAAAUAUUUUUACUUGGGUCUAUAAACCACUAAAGUUUGAACUCGAUCCGCGUACCCGAGUCCGAGUAGUUCCCUAGUAAGAUAUUAUCAGUUUUUGGAAGUAACACUUUUCAGGCUCUGGAACAGCGGGAGCCGAUGUGAGGGUCCGCGAAUCACGACUUCACUGUCAGUCAUGCUACAAUAAUGAGAGAGUUCGAAAGCCUUGA